UCAAUGGCAAACACUCAAAGCUAUUAACCAUUUUUCUAUUUACACUAAUUUCAUUGGAUAAGUGAAAACAGUCAGACAUUAAUGUCCUUAUGAAUCCCAAUUUCUCAAAAUCGAUGCUGAUAAGAGCACUUGAGAAUUUUAGGGGUAAAAUUAGAAUGAGAGACACAAAAAUAAGGCAAAAAGGUAGAGGGAGUAAAUGAGAAUCGUAUAUAAAGUUCCAAGCAUAUUGCUCACAAAAACAUUUGUGCAAAAAAAUUUAAAGUGAAAAGAUAGCAAGCAUAACCAAGUGUAGCACAAAAUUUCUCAAUUCAAAAAAAUAUAUUUUAUCGACAAAUAAAAAGGAUGAAUAAAUUUUUGUGCAGUUUUGUUUUUAUUGGUUUUAUUGGUGUUAUCAGUGCAGCUGAAACAACAUCGACUACAACAAAUCCUCCACCGAAAAAAGAUCCAGUUCCACAAACUUCAUAUGUACCAUCUGCAACGAACUACCAAAGUAGCAAUAGUGAAGCAGCGAUUUUAAAUAAUCAAGCUUACGAUCCAACACUCUACCAAACAUUCGUUCCACAAGAUGCUGUACAGCAGUAUGUCAGUCAAUAUGGUGGUUAUGCAGGUCAGGCAUUAGAAGGAUUUCUCAUUCCAACAUUUGAGAGAAAUGAUUACACUCAUGACACAACUCCAACAUUUGUUGCAAUUCUAAAGUCGUUCCUGCCUGGACCUAAAAUCAUUUUCGCAAUUUUGGCUAAAAUCGUUGCAUUAUUAGCAUCAGCAAUUGGUGUUGUUUUCUUUGGUGGUGCAGUCACUUCAUUCGUGUGUGCAUUCACUCCACUUUGCACAAUCACAUUUUUGGGACGACCACUGGCUCUAAUUAAGAAGGAAACAAAAGAUUUGGUUGAUAAAAUUGGAGAGGAAUUUACUGCUGAUCGUGUUAAGAGAGCUGCUGAUUUACUGAAGUUAGCUUAUGACAAGUAUAAUGCAAUGCAGAAGAACUGAUUAGUAAGGAUGUAUCUUCAUCAAAAUCCAACGAAUUUUUAAGUAAUUUUCCUUGAGUAUAAGCAAAAACUUUAUGUCUGAUUUUCCCUUAUUUGUGAAGAGUUUUAAU